AUGGCACUGACGGUUGAUGUGAUAAUGGAGGUCAAGUGCGUUGUUAAGCCUGGUAUGAUGAACCGAGCAAAAAAAGCCAAAGAUGGAAAAGCAACCACAGAGAAGAUCCCGGCCUACGAGCCAAAUAUCCCUGAACCAAAAUGCAGAGCUGAUCUCAUCAAACAUUGGUUCAACAUUUCUUUGGAUGACAAGACAGCCAAUAAGAUGCUGUGGAUCGGGGAGAAUGGUGCUAAGGUUGCUCGUAUGACUGACGAUGUCACUUGUCCUGUCUUGGAUAGACCAGAGCGAUAUGAGUAUUCUCCACAGGUUCUUUGCAAAGAAGCCAUCCUGGGCUUCCGAGGCUACUGGGAGGUGGAGUACUCCGGGUGGGUCGUGGUCGGGGUCGCCUAUGAACGAGCAGGACGGAGGAAUAGUGAUGGAUUCUGCGGCCUUGGAGAGAACGAGGAGUCCUGGUGUAUUGGCUGGAGUGGUUCCAGCUAUCAUGCCUGGCACAAAGGCCGCUAUGUAGAGAUCUCGUGGUUACCUAAGUACCCCACAAUUGGUGUGUACCUUGACCAGCCUGCUGGUAUCCUAAAUUUCUAUGGUGUGGCGGAUGUGAAGGAGGAAGAGGAGUGUGCAGGUGGAAAAGAGGUUCAUAUUUUGCAGCAGAUUAGGUGCCCCUUUGAGGAGAAAAUGAUACCAGGUUUCUGGUUGGGGCCGCAGUCACACUGUUUGAUCCUAAAGAAAGAGGAAUAA